AUGAAUUUGCCGAUCCUCUCUCUCCAAAAGUCACUCGACUCGACCAAGGUCGAAUACUCUCAGCUGGGUUCGUCUGGCCUUCGAGAUUCCGUGACGAUUCUGGAUGCUAUGUCAUUCGGCGAGCCCCAGCCGUUUGCGCCUUGGAUUUUGGACGAGGAGAAAUCUCUCGAGGUCCUCAAAGCCGCCUAUGAUUGCGGAACCAUUGGGAAGGCUAUCAAGGAGUUUAACAUCCCUCACCAGAAGGUUGUGAUCAUGACGAAAUGCGCCUUCCACGUGGGCGAAGAUCUGAGCGUCGUUGGUGUUGCUUUUCCCAAUCAGAUGCAUCAGAGCAAGGACUAUGUUAACCAAGGAGGCCUCACACGAACCGGUAUGUUCAAUGCGGUCGAAAACUCCCUCGCACGACUGGAUACUUCCUACAUCGACUUGUUACAAAUCCAGCGAUUCGAUCCGUUGACACCCAUGGAGGAGACAAUGAAAGCACUACAUGACCUCGUCCAAUCAGGCAAGUUCGUCGCUGAGAGGAAUGGCUGGACCAAGUUCGUCAGCAUGCAAAACUAG